GUAGACCUCCUUCCUUCUCCCGGGGUCUUAUAACUGCAGGUCUUAGUAACCAAAAGGGGAGGCUGCUGGCUCAGGACCAAAGGGCAGGCCGAAGGGUACCUUGGAGGUGGGCUGAGGGAGCCUGGGUGACAUGAGUCAGGCCAGCCCUGCUGCCCCAAGCUCAUCCUCCAGACAAAUUACCAGGUUUCCCAGGCACCCCCAUGGCCUUAUAAAGGCACCGUCUCCCUGGUGGCUCCCAGUUGCUGGUGGACAUCCAUGAUGAGGCCCCUCCUAGUACUGUUGCUGCUGGCUGUUGUGUGUACUUCUCUAGCCCGGGCCCUGCACUGCCAUGUGUGCUGUGGGCACGAGAAUUGCGAGUCUCUCGUGGAGUGCGCCUUGACGGACAAGUUCUGUGUGAUCACUCGGGCCACCAAUCCUGGUGGCAUCCUGGUCAUGAAGUCCUGCGCCCCAACCUGCCCCAACAGCACCGUGUCUUCAGAUGGCCGUGCCCUCUCUGUCUCCUGCUGUCAGGGCAGCCAGUGCAACCGCAGUGCUGCCUCAGGUCUGACCGGCAGCCUUGGGGCUAUAUGGGCCAGUGCCUCUAUCAGCCUACUGUGGGCACUGCUUCGAGCUGCCUGGUGAGGGCCUGGGUGGCCUUUCUGUAUCAUCAGGGAUAUCUCUGCAGCCUCAGCAGCAUCCUACCCCAGCCCAGGCUGUUCCUCUCUCUGUCUCUCUCUCUCUCGCCAUUAACCCCAAGACACAUUCGGUCUUCCCUUCUCACAGAAAGGAAUAACAACACCUGUCCUAAAGGCUCAGAGCCCAGCUCUCCUUCCUCAGGAAAUCUUCCAACAGGGCGCAAGGACACACCUCCCCAAGACCCUCAUCUCUAUGAGACCGCAGCCUCUUAUUGAGUCUUGAGAGUGCCUAGCUACCUUCAGUAGGAAGAGCUGAUGGCUCCCCCAUACUACCCUCUCCUUGCCUGAAAGGAUGCUAUUUAUAUAUGGCCACCUGGAUCCCUGGGCCUCUUCUAUGCAUGAAGUGACCCUGGCAUACGACCUGAUUGUAAGGUUUUGGCACCGUCUAACUGAACAUCAGCUUUUAAAAAGAUUCCCCUGGGGGCUGGGGAUUUAGCUCAGCGGUAGAGCGCUUACCUAGGAAGCGCAAGGCCCUGGGUUCGGUCCCCAGCUCCGAAAAAAAGAACCAAAAAAAAAAGAUUCCCCUGGCUCCCCAU